AAAUGAAAAUUUAUGAGAAACAAACAAUGUUUUAAAAAAGUUAUUAAGAAAAGGUCACAGGAUAGAUCGCAUAGUUCCCGGGGGUGGAAGGCUGUUUCGGCCGCACCCCGGCAUCGCUACGUCAGUCGUCAUUCCAACGUGGCUCAACAAGUAUACGCGGCAGUGUACAGUUGAUUCAAAUAUUUGAAAAUGUACCACAUAAUAUAAGAUAACUGUAAUCUUGUUUUGCUUACAAAUAUAUCGUAGAAAAGCGUAACGAGACACUCGCGUUUCAAGAAUAUUAACAAAUUUAGACAUAUUUAUUAUCCUUAUACUUUAUUUCUCCAUUGAUCUGUUAAUAGUGAAACAAAGUAUCUUACUUAAGGGAAUCUCUGAAUGACAUCCAAAGUGAUGAAUGGGAAUAACUGGGAGGGAAAAUGGUCUAAACUACAAACACGGACUAAUAAAACAGUACACAAGAAUAGUAAGCGAACUAAAAAAUCUGGAUUAAAGUUAUCGAAUUCAUCUAAAGGAACAACACCUAGACAAAGAACUCUUAGAAGAUUGGAAAGUAAUGAGAGAGAAAGAAUGAGAAUGCAUAGUUUAAAUGAUGCUUUUCAGUCUUUACGUGAGGUAAUUCCACAUGUAUCAAAGGAAAGACGAUUAUCCAAAAUUGAAACCUUAACGUUAGCAAAAAAUUAUAUAAUUGCUCUCACAGAUGUGAUAUGUGCAAUGAGAAGUGAAGAAAAAACUAUAGAUUCACAGUCAGAAGUUUCUCAAUCUCAAGAAUCAUCUAAGAACAUAAAUAUUUAUCUAAAUAUGAAUAUUCCAAUUCCUUCAAAAUCCUGUAGUUAGGGAAAUAUCAAUAUUUAUUGGAAUAAUUAUUCAUACACGUAAAGAAACAAUUCUAAAAUCACUGCAGGCCUCAGAAAUAAUAACAAAUAUUUUACAUUAACGGCAGUAUCAAAGAGCUGUUAAAUUUUACUUUAUGUAAAUCUUUUCAUUCAAGAUUUAUCCUCAUAUAUCUGAUUAAAUAAUAGAUCAAAGAAUUAAUAAAUUCAUAUCUAAUUCUAAUCUCAUUUAAUUUAGUUUUAUUUGUAUCUUUUAGCAGUAUUAUUGAAAAUCAGUGCCAAAGAAUACUAUUAUUUUCAUGAAAUAAAGCAGUAUUAUAUUCU